GGCGCCCGGGGAGGCAUCAGCGGCUGAGAAGCCCAGGCGGAGCAGAGGGAGGGAUUCCGGAGCAGCCGCCAUGGGGGAAGCGGAGAAGUUCUGCUAUGUCUACAGCUGCGAUCUGGACAUUAAUGUCCAACUCAAGAUAGGAAGUCUGGAGGGGAAGAGAGAGCAGAAGAGCUACAAAGCGGUUCUGGAAAACCCGAUGCUGCGGUUCUCGGGGCUGUACCAGGAGACCUGUUCGGACCUGUACGUGACUUGCCAGGUCUUUGCGGAAGGGAAACCUCUGGCUCUUCCAGUGCGGACCUCCUACAAAGCAUUUAGCACCAGGUGGAACUGGAACGAAUGGUUAAAGCUGCCCGUCAAGUAUCCAGACUUGCCCCGUAACGCCCAAGUGGCCCUGACAAUAUGGGAUGUCUACGGCCCCGGCAAAGCAGUCCCUGUUGGAGGAACGACGGUCUCGCUGUUUGGGAAAUACGGGAUGUUCCGGCAAGGGAUGCACGAUUUGAAAGUCUGGCCCAACGUGGAAGCUGACGGUUCGGAGCCCACCAAGACUCCCGGGAGGACUAGCAGCACCCUUUCAGAGGAUCAAAUGAGUCGGUUAGCCAAGCUCACCAAGUCUCACCGGCAGGGUCACAUGGUGAAGGUGGACUGGCUGGACAGAUUGACCUUUCGAGAAAUCGAGAUGAUCAAUGAGAGCGAGAAGCGCAGUUCCAAUUUCAUGUAUCUGAUGAUCGAAUUUCGCUGUGCGAAAUACGACGACAAAGAAUAUGCAAUCGUGUAUUACGAGAAGGAUGGUGAUGAGUCCUCUCCAAUUUUAACCAGCUCGGAGAUUGUUAAAGUUCCUGAUCCCCAGAUGUCUAUGGAAAACUUAGUAGAAAGCAAACACCACAAACUGGCUCGAAGUUUACGGAGUGGGCCGUCCGAUCACGAUCUCAAGCCAAACGCUGCGACGCGAGAUCAACUAAAUAUCAUACUGAGCUAUCCUCCAACGAAGCAGCUGACGUAUGAAGAGCAAGACCUCGUCUGGAAGUUCCGAUAUUAUCUCACUAAUCAAGAAAAGGCUUUGACGAAAUUUUUGAAAUGUGUCAACUGGCACCUCCCGCAAGAAGCCAAGCAAGCCCUGGAACUUCUGGGCAAGUGGAAGCCGAUGGACGUGGAAGACGGUUUGGAGCUCCUGUCUUCUCAGUUUACCAACCCGACAGUGCGCCGUUACGCCGUCGCCAGAUUGCAGCAGGCUGACGACGAGGACCUUCUGAUGUAUCUGCUACAGCUCGUCCAGGCGCUGAAAUAUGAAAACUUUGAUGACAUCAAGAACGGGUUGGAACCCACGAAGAAGGACAGCCAGGGUCCCAUGUCAGAGAGCAUGGCAACGUCUGGCACAACAGCAUCAGAAAUAGACAGUUCUCAGAUUAUCACCAGUCCGCUUCCCCUUGUGUCUUCUCCGCCUUCCUCAGCAAAAACCAAGGAGCCAGCAGAAAGUGACAACCUGGAACAAGACCUUUGCACAUUUCUGAUCUCCCGAGCUUGCAAGAAUUCCACGCUGGCAAACUACUUAUAUUGGUACGUGAUUGUGGAGUGCGAGGACCAAGACACGCAACAGAGAGAUCCGAGGACUCACGAAAUGUACCUUAACGUCACACGGAGGUUCAGCCAAGCUCUACUAAAGGGAGAUAAGUCUGUCAGGGUGAUGCGCUCUUCGUUGGCAGCCCAGCAGACGUUUGUGGACCGACUGGUGCAUCUCAUGAAAGCUGUGCAGCGGGAAAGUGGGAAUCGGAAGAAGAAGAACGAGCGGCUACAGGCCUUGUUGGCCGACAAUGAAAAGAUGAACUUGGCAGACAUGGAACCCAUUCCGCUGCCUCUAGAGCCGCAGGUGAAGAUUAAAGGAAUAAUCCCAGAGAAAGCCACCCUGUUCAAGAGUGCCCUCAUGCCUGCCCAGCUGUUCUUCAAGACGGAAGAUGGGGGCAAAUAUCCUGUAAUAUUCAAACACGGGGAUGAUUUGCGGCAAGAUCAGCUCAUCCUUCAGAUUAUUUCACUCAUGGACAAGCUCUUGCGCAAGGAGAAUCUGGAUCUGAAGUUAACCCCGUACAAGGUCUUGGCGACGAGCACGAAGCACGGUUUCAUGCAGUUUAUUCAAUCCGUUCCAGUCGCAGAAGUCCUGGCUACCGAGGAAAGCAUACAGAACUUCUUCCGGAAACAUGCUCCGAGUGAAACAGGGCCCCACGGGAUAAGCGCAGAGGUGAUGGACACAUAUGUCAAGAGCUGUGCCGGCUAUUGUGUGAUAACGUACAUCCUCGGCGUGGGGGACCGACAUUUGGAUAACCUUUUGCUCACCAAAACAGGUAACGGUUUCACGUUGUCUUGUCGUCCUCUUUGCAUAUCUUGCGGUUCGGGAUAUGAAGACCUUUCUUUGCCGCUUUCCCCUUUCCGUACCGGAGGAGAGCUCAUCGAAUCGCUUGCCUGGCGUACUGCUUUGACGAAAUUUUUGAAAUGUGUCAACUGGCACCUCCCGCAAGAAGCCAAGCAAGCCCUGGAACUUCUGGGCAAGUGGAAGCCGAUGGACGUGGAAGACGGUUUGGAGCUCCUGUCUUCUCAGUUUACCAACCCGACAGUGCGCCGUUACGCCGUCGCCAGAUUGCAGCAGGCUGACGACGAGGACCUUCUGAUGUAUCUGCUACAGCUCGUCCAGGCGCUGAAAUAUGAAAACUUUGAUGACAUCAAGAACGGGUUGGAACCCACGAAGAAGGACAGCCAGGGUCCCAUGUCAGAAAGCAUGGCAACAUCUGGCACAACAGCGUCAGAAAUAGACAGGUAG